AUGAGAUUCACAACGAAUUCUCUAACUUUACUGUCUCUCAGCUCUCUCGUAAUAUGCUGGGAUUACAGUUGGCCCGGGGAAUGGGAUAAUAAAUGGCCUGUCGAUUCGACAACUGCGUCUCGGGAGGGAUGCACGGUCAGUCAUAUGGAUGCUUACGAGAUGGAGAAAGGUCGAAAACCCGUCUAUUUCUCUACUGAACCUUUAGAUGACCCAGAGACACCCAAAAUGGCUCCACUCAAUUCAACAGGUGGUGAGCAGUGGGAGUUCGAUGGCGUUUCGGAUGACGGAUUAAUGGCAUUUUGCUUCGGAUUUUAUCGCGAUCCAAACUACGCCAUUUUAGGUUCAGGAAACCUACGUCUUUCUGCAGAGUUCUCACGUGUCAACCAAGAAAGAUUCAUGCGGGUCGACUAUCCAACCAGCUCUACCGUGGAGAGUUGCCCUUGGGGAACUCGCGGAGUGUGGAAGAGCGACGACUACAGCUACACAUUUGAGAUAACGAAGGAUAUGAAAGUCGCCCGUAUCGGCGUGAACACAGAUGACCUGAAGGGAUCCCUGAUAAUGAACUCCCUAAUUCCUGCCCGCUACCCUGAUGGGUCCACCUAUCCCAACAGCGAGGCAAAUACUGAGGUUGUCCCUUACUUUCGAUGGGUAGAGCCGAUUCCUGCAGCGGAUGUCUGGGUAGAUUUGGAGAUUGAAGGAAAGCCUUACAAAUGGAGUGGCUUGGGAGGGCAUGAGCGUCUCUGGACUGCUUUCAGUUGGUUCACUUGUCUCCACGGCAUGACUGCCACUCGUAUAAAGGCCGGGCCAUAUGCAGCCAGCCACGUCAGUUUCACAUCUGCUUUUGAUAAGAGCAUUUAUCGCCCCUCAACAAUCCUUUCGAUGAACGGCGAAGUGAUAUUUUCAACUACAAAUGAGGGAGUAUCCACUACUGACGAUUAUGCCAUCCUGGAGAAAACGUACGGCGGCAAAGUGACUGGAAGUUUGAAGGAUAAAGUCACUGGCUUUGAGCUAGUGAUGGUAUCCCCCAAGUCAAAGGAUCAAUGGAGCUUUAUUAUUACGAACGAGGGUGUUGGAUUCGAGUAUAUGCUCGGUGAAGGUGUGGGAGGCACCGGAUACUCAGGAAGAGCCGUAGGUGGGCCUAUUGGUGCAAAGCAGUACUUCGGCCCGGCAUUUGCUGAGGCUCUAGAGUUCCCCAAAAAUUCUUAUCUCUUUAAGCCUAACUACGUUGAUCCCGUACCAGAAGAUAAGGACGAACUUUAG